GUGUGUGUGUGUGUGUGUGUGUGUGCAUGCAUGUGUGCUUUUACAAUCUUUUGUAGACUGUCCUCCUGCCCUCAGCUUGCGACUUCUUCUCGGCAGGAAGGAAGUGUGCUAGAACAGACUGGAAGAGUGGCCAGAAAACAAGAUAGAUCUCCUCACUUAUGGGGAAAACCACCAAGAAAUUUUUAAAGAACCAGAAAUGCCCCCUUAGAAGGAAACUACCAGAAUGAAUCCCAAAGUGGGGAGCCAAUCCUUGGAAAUAUGAUUCAACUCACAGCAGCAAGGAAAAGGUGUUUAAAAGAAGCCCUAGGCAGCAUGUGCAGUGUGUUUAUCAGAAUCAUUCAGUCUUUGGAAAUUACUCACAGAUGUGGUUGUGCUCUGGGCAUUUUCUGUGGGUCUAGCAGAGAAGUAGCAGCCCUGUAGCAAUGGGCGAGAAGAGGGGCAUGGCACGGGUGCUACUGGAAUGCAGUCUCAGUGACAAAUUGUGUGUUGUCCAGGAGCAGCAGUAUGAAGUGAUCGUUGUCCCGACUCUCCUGGUUGGCCUCUUUCUCAUCCUUCUUGCAGUCAUCUUGUGGCUUUUUAUGAGAGAACAAAGAUCCCAACAGCAGCGUCCUGGACUUCAAGGCAGUGCUGCUGUGCCUCCAUCUAGGAAUCCAAGCUGGGAGGCAACAGGACAUGGAGGAAAAGUGCUUGUGCCACUUAAGGAGACAUCAGUGGAAAGUUUUCUGCGAGCUACCACACCUGCCCUGGCUAAGCUACAGGUGCCCCGGGAACAACUCUCAGAAGUUUUGGAGCAGAUCCAUAAUGGCAGUUAUGGGAUCAUCUAUCGAGCCAAGAUGUGUACUGGGGAUGCUGCUAAGCCCAAAAAUAUUGUCCUCAAGACUUUAAAAGAACCUGCUGGGCUCCAUGAGGUGCAGGAUUUUGUAGGACGAAUCCAAUUCUUUCAGUACCUGGGGAAACACAAGAACUUGGUACAACUGGAAGGUUGCUGCACAGAAAGAUUGCCACUCUAUAUGGUGUUAGAGGAUGUGGCCCAAGGGGACCUGCUCAGCUUUCUCUGGACCUGUCGCCGGGAUGUGAUGACCAUGGAUGGUCUUCUUUAUGAUCUCACAGAAAAACAAGUCUAUCACAUUGGAAAGCAGGUCCUUUUGGCUCUGGAAUUUCUGCAGGAUAAGCAUCUGUUCCAUGGGGAUGUGGCAGCCAGGAAUAUCCUGAUCCAAAGUGAUCUGACUGCUAAACUCUGUGGAUUGGGCCUGGCUUAUGAAGUUCAUGCCCUCGGGGCCAUCUCCUCUGCUCGGACCAUCCCUCUCAAGUGGCUUGCCCCUGAACGGCUUCUCCUGAGACCUGCUGGCAUCAGAGGAGACAUCUGGUCCUUUGGGAUCCUGCUCUAUGAGAUGGUAACUCUAGGGGCACCACCAUAUCCUGAAGUCCCUCCUACCAGCAUUCUACAGUAUCUUCAGAGAAGAAAAGUCAUGAAGAGACCCAGUAGCUGCACACACACCAUGUACAAUAUUAUGAAGUCCUGUUGGCGUUGGAAUGAGGACAGUCGUCCCUUACCCAGAGACCUGCGCUUUCGCUUAGAAGGUGCUGCUAGAACUGCUGAUGACAAGGCUGUGCUGCAAGUACCAGAGUUGGUGGUGCCUGAACUAUAUGCUUCUGUGGCUGGCAUCAGUGUAGAAAGCCUUUCCUACAGCUACAGCAUCCUUUGAAGACUCCCAGCUGAGAUACAUUUAUAUGCAAUCCUAGUCUCUUGGAACCAAUUCCUCCAAGAACACAGAAUGGACUUUCUAGUGGGACACAAAAGGAUAAAAAGGACAUAGAUCCUGGAUCUUUCCCUAUGUAUUUCCCUAGAAAUGUGAAGUGAUGCUGGUUGCUGCUCUCCAUGCCACAUACCCUGGACCUGAGAAAUACUGUCAGUCUAAUUUUUCUGUCCCAAUCCUAAAAACCCUGGGUAGAAGUGGUAGAUGUGUCAAUGCAAAGGAGGUUUUGAAAGUUUGCAGUUUUAAAAAAAUCUGCAGUGUUUGUUGAGGUAUAGCACAAAUAGACUAGUCCUUCUCAGGCUAGUUUACUCCUUAACAAUAUUUUUAUCUAGACUAUUACAAAGUUUAAAGAAACUGGAAUGGAAUGAAGAAAUAGAAAUCUAAUAAAGGAGUUGAAGAGAAGAGUUAAGAUUUUAUUUGCUCAAGAGUAUAGAUGUGGACCAAAAUCUCCUUCAAAGAGGAGCUUGAGGGGGGGCAUAAAAUUUUCCAGUCCUGGUCCUUACAUGCAAGGUUGAAGAACUUUGAAGGAAAGCUUCAGAAUUUCUCCUUGGGUAUAGAUAUAAGAAAGAUAGUCCCCUUUUAUCUAAUUUUGAGUCAAGUCAACCCUGUUUGGGUACUACAUUUGAUAAGAAGCUGGAGGAUUAAGAAUAUUCAACAAGUAUUGUUCAUCAGGUUUAUUUUCCAUCCCUACAAGACUAAGGACAGCAAGCCUAGAAAAUCAAAGUAAGAUGAAUGAUGAAAAUGGUAUGUGUGUGUGUGUGUGUGUGUGUGUGUGUGUGUGUGUGUAAUAACAAAUGUGGAAACCAAGCAAGAAGUCUUAGUAGCUCAGAUGGCCAUUAACAAGGUCUCGACAAGAAUGUAAUCUGACACAGGAUGAUUAACUUAUAAUUUUCAAGCAUCCAUUGAUUUACUGUGAAUCUUAUUUCAUUAAAUUAGUAUUUAUUGAGUGGAAAUAGGUUUUUCUAGUAUACAGCUACCAAAUUCUCUAAAAUAGAGAAGGUAGAAGCAAAUAACCAGAAAUUCAUGUUAGUAGAAAAAUUCAAGUGACAACCUACAAAGACAGAAAAAGAAUUCUUUAUGUGUAAAAUGGAAAGAUUGGUAUCUCACUGGUUUGUGGAGAAGACUAAUGAGUAUUUGUACAGUAUAUGAUACAUACUAUGUGCUCAAUAAAGGUUAGCUUCCUUUCUUUUGCCUUUCCUAACCUAGGACUUUUCAUAAUUUUUUAUUCAAAACCUACUGUGGCCAAGAAGAGAACCUCAAUCUGUAACACUGUGGAGCAGGACAUGCCUAUAGAAUGCCUAAAGAUGAUGCCACGAUACACUUGUAUUAUGUACACCACAUGACUAAAACCAAGAAGUCAUAAAUUUUAUUUUAUUUUUGUUUUUUUGCAUGACAGUAUAUUUUGAAAUAGUAUACAUACAUAGAAUAAAUCUAACUUG